UCAAUCUCAAAUCUAUAACCCCAAAAUUUUCCUUCUCAUAAUUCAUCAUGUCAUUGUUACCUUCAACUUUAUCAUGUAUUUCUAGAAAGAAAUACGAUGUUUUCUUGAGUUUUAGAGGUGAAGAUACCCGCAAAAACUUCACAGAUCAUCUCUAUGAUGCUCUAAAUCGAAGUGGAAUUAUCACUUUCAGGGAUGAUCCAAAGAUGGAUGCCGGUGAAGAGAUCGCACCACAACUCUUCCGAGCCAUUCAACAAUCGUGGUGCUCGGUAAUUGUUUUUUCAGGAACCUAUGCCUUUUCAAGUUGGUGCUUGGAGGAGCUUGCUGAGAUUGUUAAACAAAAAAACGAGAAAGGACAUAAAGUGUUUCCAAUUUUCUACGACGUGAAUCCAUCUGAUUUAAGAAAACAGAAAGAAAAAGUUGAAGAAGCAUUUGCCAAACAUGCAGAGAGAUACAAGGAAGAUAAAGAAAAGAUUCUAAGGUGGCGAAAUGCUUUGACUCAAGUGGCUAACAUCAAAGGAUGGCAUUUAAAUAACAGGCAUGAAUCAGAGUUUAUCGGAGAUAUUGUUAGAAAAAUAUCAGCAAAAUUAUAUCAGACAUAUCCAAUUGUUCAUGAUGAGUUGGUUGGAAUUAGUUCACGCUUGGACGAGUUGCAUUCCAAAAUAGAGAUUGGGGAAGAUGACAUCCGCAUCGUAGGAAUUUGCGGAAUGGGUGGCAUCGGUAAAACAACUCUCGCAAGAGUUUUUUACGACCAAAUGUCAUCUCAUUUUGAAGGUAAAUGCUUCAUUGCUGACGUUCGAGAAGUUUCAGACAAAUUUGGACUCGUUUCUCUACAAAAACAACUUCUUUUCCAGAUCUUGUCUGGUGAAGUCUUCGAAUUUUUCAAUGUUCAUGAAGGGAAUGCCAUAAUUAGCCGCAGAUUAUCUAACAAAAAGGUCCUUGUUGUGAUUGAUGAUGUGGAUAAUUUACAGCACUUGAAAUGCUUGGUUGGAAGGCAUGAUUGGUUCGGUUUAGGGAGUAGAAUCAUUAUAAUAACAAGAGAUGAACACUUGCUCCAAUCUUACCGAGUUGAUGAUGUGUAUAAGCCUUCAACAUUGAAUGACAGCGAGGCACUUCAACUUUUCAGUUUGAAAGCUUUUGAUAGUGAGACAGCACCAAAUGAUGAUUUCAUUGAGCUUUCUGAACAUGUUGCAAAAUAUGCCAGUGGUCUCCCCUUAGCUCUGGAAGUCUUGGGUUCUUUUUUGUGCGGUAGAGAUGUAGCUCAAUGGAGAAGUGCAAUCCAAAGACUUGAAAAGGAUUCUAACAAAGAGAUUAUUGACAGACUUCUAAUUAGCUUUGAUGGAUUGGAAGAAACAGAGAAGAACAUAUUUCUAGAUAUAGCAUGCUUCUUCAAUGGGGACGAGAAAGAUUUUGUAAUGAAAGUAUUGGAUGGCUGUGAGUUUUUCCCGGAUAUCGGAAUCGAUGUUCUCAUUAAGAAAUCUCUACUAACAGUUGACGAAAACAACAAAUUGUGGAUGCAUAACUUACUACAAGAAAUGGGAAGAAGAAUUGUUCGGGAAAAAUCUAUUGAGGAGCCUGGAAAACGUUGUAGAUUGUGGGAGGAAAAUGAUGUAUAUCAUGUGCUAACGAAGAACACUCUUCCUAAUGAGUUACGGCUCUUGGAUUGGAUGGGAUAUCCUUUAAGGUUCUUACCUCCAAGCUUCCAACCAGACAACCUGGUUGCACUUCUGCUACAAUACAGUCGAAUUGAACAACUAUGGAGGGGAAAUAUACAGCCCCUGUAUAAGUUGAAAGUGCUCAACCUCAAAGGGUCCGACAACCUGAUCAAGACACCGGACUUUACAACAGCCCCAAAUCUGGAAAUUUUGAUAUUGGAAGGUUGUUCAAGAAUAGUAUAUCUUCAUCCAUCAGUCGGAGUUCUUUCGAGACUUAAACUUCUGAAUUUAAGAAGCUGCACAAGUUGCUAUAAAGUUGCAAAUUUGCCGGAGAAUUUGCAGGAAGUAGAGUUGUUGGAAGAGCUUGACUUAAGUGAAACAGCCAUAGCAAAACUGCCAUCCUUCAUUUUUCAACUUAAAAAUCUUAAAGUUUUGUCUUCGAAUAGGCUCAAGACACCAUCAUCUAAGUUAGCACCAAAUCUACCUUCUCUUUUCCAGGUAUUCCAAAGAGGACGGAUGGAGUCUGUGCCUCUUAUUUUACAUUCGUUGUCAGGUUUGAUUUCAUUAAGAGAGCUGAAACUAAGGAACUGCAAUCUUCGUGAUGGAGAUAUUCCUAGUGAUAUUUCUUGUUUACACUAUUUGGAAAAGCUUGAGCUUGGUGGUAACAAUUUCAUCAGCGUACCUGUGCUUGGUACUGGACUUUCCAUGCUUCAAUAUUUUGGAAUGUCAAAUUGCAGGGAGCUUAAAUUGUUACCUAACCCUCGUGCUUCUCGAGAACUAUUUGCAGCUCUACCAAAGGUAGUUGCAUGUUUAAGAAAAAGUCUUGAUGUUGUUACGCCCGGAGGUGAAAUCCCAAAAUGGUUCAGCCAGCAAACAGUUGGCUCUUCAAUCAAGAUACCACUGCCUAACAAUAUUCAGAAUGAUAGUCAAUGGAUGGGAGUUGCUUUCUGCUGCAUUUUUGUCAAUGAUGAUGCUUCAAGGGAUGAGGAACUCACAUGUGAUGCUGUUAUCCAUCAUAGGAAUUCUGGACAAGCUGAUUCUGAUGGAUCUGGUUUUCGGGGUAGAAAUCCUCGACGUGUCUCAGGGGGCGGCUGGAUUUUUUCUAAAGAAGAUAACCAGCCCAUAAUAAAGGACCACCUUUAUUGUUGUUUUUUGUUCCAUGGCAGAUUAUAUCCAUUUUCCUUAGAGGAUAAAUGUGGUGAAAGUGAAACUGAGAAUUCAUCAACAUUGGAUUGCUCAAAUCAAGAAUUCGAUGAACUCCAGUUUUCAGUCACAUCCGAUGAUAGUCACAUAAGUGUUAAGGUGAAGAAAUGUGGGCUUCGAAUAGUUUAUCAGAAAGAUUUGGAAGAUAUCAAUUAA